AAGGGGAGCAAAACAUCAACAACAGAAAGCAAAAUGGCGAGUUCUGUGACAUCGGAAACUUUUGAUACCGAAGAAGAUAAAACAACCGAUGAAGAUAAAACAACUGAGGACAUUUUAGAAGAAACAGCAAGGGAUUUUGCUGGAUAUGUCCUGGUCGACCCUCAAAGAGAGAAGCAGCAACUGGAUGACAAAAUUGAGGCAAUGCUGACUCGACUAGAUGAAUUCUGUGCAGUGGUGGACAUGAUCCGCACAGAUUCUUCUUUAUCAUUGAACAGAAGUCUUCCAGGUAUCCAUGAGAAAGCUCAAGAAAUCAAACAAAUAUUCACUAAGAUUGACCAACUUGAGGAAUUUGUAAGUGUUGUUCGUACAAACGUCACUGCUAUGGAAGAACAGGUGAAUGAAGUAGAGAAGGAACAAGGCACUCUCCAUUCCAUCAAGAACUUACUCAGUUCACUUCCCGUCUUCACUCAGAAAAGAGGGGCAUCCCCUAAGCAGCCACUCAAGUAUGAAGCCCUGGAGAUCUUCAAGACGAGCGAUUAUCUCAAGAAAGAUGAAGAAUCAAUACAACCACCUGAUGUUCUUGAAGACAACACGUGAUAUUCAUUAUGAAUAUUCGGAUUGCCAGAGUAAAUGACUGUAGUAAUGUUUUAAGGUGCUGCUUUGAUAAACAUACCUGAUCUUGGAAUUGAAGUGUAUCAUGAAGAGAAGCCAGUGAGAGUUUGUGUGAUGAUAAUUAGCCGAUGCUGGUUUUAUACUUGAUUAUGAAAAUUAAGUAAGCAAAUUGAUUACAGUGUUAAAGACAGUGGACACCAAAUAGUGUCCACUGUCUUUAACACUGUAAUCAACCAAUAUUGGUAAU